CGCAGCGUCUCCCCGGGCACCGAGGGCUGCGCGGCAUGGCGGCCUACCCCAAGCCCGACGCGGGGACCCUGCAGGCCCUGCGGGACUCGGCCAACCGCCUGCGGGUCCAGUCCAUCCGGGCCACGUGCGCCUGCAGCUCCGGCCACCCCACGUCGUGCUGCAGCGCCGCGGAGAUCGUGUCGGUCCUCUUCUUCCGCACCAUGAGGUACAAGCCGGCCGACCCCAGACACCCGGACAACGACCGCUUUGUCCUCUCCAAGGGCCAUGCAGCCCCGGUCCUCUACGCCGCUUGGGCCGAGCUGGGCGACAUCAGCCAGUCCGACUUGCUGAGCUUGAGGAAAAUCCACUGCAACCUGGAGGGACAUCCCACUCCUCGACUGUCGUUUGUGGACGUGGCCACAGGGUCGCUUGGGCAAGGGUUAGGCGCUGCGUGUGGGAUGGCCUACACUGGCAAGUACUUCGACAGGGCCAGCUACCGGGUGUUCUGCCUCGUGGGAGACGGCGAGUCCUCAGAGGGCUCGGUCUGGGAGGCUUUAGCCUUUGCAUCCCACUAUGGUUUGGACAAUCUUGUGGCAGUAUUUGAUGUAAAUCGUCUGGGACAGAGUGGCUCCACGCCCCUUGAGCACUGCACAGACGUUUACCAGAGUCGUUGUGAAGCCUUUGGGUGGAAUACUUACCUAGUGGAUGGCCACGAUGUGGAGGCGUUGUGCCAGGUGUUUUGGCAAGCAGCUCAAGUGAAGAACAAGCCCACGGCUGUGAUUGCCAAGACCUUUAAGGGCCGGGGUAUUCCAAACAUCGAGGAUGCAGAGAAUUGGCAUGGGAAGCCAAUGCCGAAAGAAAGAGCAGAUGCAAUUAUCAAAUUAAUUGAGAGUCAAAUACAGACCAACAGGAAUCUUAUACCACAAGCCCCUGUUGAAGACUCCCCCCAAAUCAACAUCACCAAUAUAAAAAUGACCUCUCUACCUGCUUAUAAAGUUGGAGACAAGAUAGCUACUGAGAAAGCAUGUGGUUUGGCUCUGGCUAGGCUGGGCCAUAUAAAUGACAGAGUCGUUGUGCUGGAUGGUGACACCAAGAACUCCACCUUCUCUGAGAUAUUCAAGAAGGAGCAUCCUGAGCGGUUCAUAGAGUGUUUUAUUGCUGAGCAAAACAUGGUAAGUGUGGCAGUGGGCUGCACCACACGAGGUCGAACCAUUGCUUUUGCUAGUACCUUAGCUGCCUUUUUGACCCGAGCAUUUGAUCAGAUCCGGAUGGGAGCUAUCUCUCAGACCAAUAUCAACCUUAUUGGUUCCCACUGUGGAGUAUGUGUUGGGGAAGAUGGUCCUUCUCAGAUGGCCCUGGAGGAUAUAGCCAUGUUCCGAAGCAUUCCUAAUUGCACUAUUUUCUACCCAAGCGAUGCCAUUGCUACAGAGCAUGCUGUUUUUCUGGCUGCCAACACCAGGGGAAUGUGCUUCAUCCGGACCAGCCAACCAGAGACUGCAGUUAUUUAUAACUCGCAAGAAAUGUUUCAAAUUGGACAGGCCAAGGUAGUCCGCCAGGGUGUCAAUGACAAGGUCACAGUUAUUGGAGCUGGAGUUACUCUUCAUGAAGCCUUAAGAGCUGCUGCUGAUCUUUCCCAAGAAGGUAUUUCAAUUCGUGUCAUCGACCCAUUUACCAUUAAACCCUUGGAUACUGACACCAUCAUUUCCAAUGCAAAAGCCACAGGUGGCCGGAUUAUCACUGUGGAGGAUCACUACAGGGAAGGUGGCAUUGGAGAAGCUAUAUGUGCAGCUGUUUCCAGGGAGCCUGCCAUCCUCAUUCGUCACUUGGCAGUGUCAGGAGUGCCUCAGAGUGGUACACCUAGUCAGUUGCUGGAUAUGUUUGGAAUCAGUGCCAGACACAUCAUAGCAGCUGUAAAAAGGACAUUAAUGAACUAAUAUAACUAACUUUUUAAAUGGUCAUGUCUAUUGGCUUUGGUCUCAAAACCCUGGUAUCUUUAUAUUCAAUUCAUGCUUGUUAGAAAAAA